AUGGCGAACUUGGAGGAUGUUCAGACGAUGGAUCUCAUGUCGGAGGUCCUCCGUCGCCUCAAAUGUGCUCAGAAGCCCGACAAACGCCUCAUCUUCAUUGGACCUCCAGGGUCAGGGAAAGGUACACAAUCUCCAGUAGUGAAGGAUGAGUUUUGCUUGUGUCAUUUAUCCACCGGAGACAUGUUAAGAGCUGCUGUUAAUGCUAAGACUCCUCUUGGUGUCAAGGCCAAAGAAGCUAUGGACAAGGGAGAGCUUGUCUCUGAUGAUUUGGUUGUUGGUAUAAUUGAUGAAGCCAUGAACAAGCCAAAAUGCCAAAAAGGUUUUAUCCUUGAUGGGUUUCCAAGGACUGUUACUCAGGCCGAAAAGCUUGAUGAGAUGCUUAAGAAGCGAGGAACUGAGAUCGACAAAGUUCUCAACUUUGCAAUCGAUGACUCAAUCUUGGAGGAAAGAAUAACCGGGAGAUGGAUCCACCCAUCUAGUGGCAGGAGUUACCACACAAAAUUCGCACCUCCCAAAACCCCUGGAGUUGAUGAUCUUUCCGGAGAGCCUCUGAUCCAACGCAAAGAUGAUAACGCUGAAGUUCUAAGGUCAAGGCUCAAAGCUUUUCACAGUCAAACUGAACCGGUGAUCGAUUACUACGGGAAGAAAGCCGUUCUUACCAACAUUCACGCCGAGAAGCCACCUCAAGAAGUGACAGCAGAGGUGAAAAAAGCAUUGUCCUAG